AUGGCUGAUACAGAGGGAGCAGAGGAAACUUCUCCAGGAAUUUUGCAAGAAAUGUUCACGUCCCCGUUGAAUUUGAGUCUGCUUGGCCUCUGCAUAUUUAUUUUGUACAAAAUCUUUCGCGGAGACACGCCUGCAGAUAUGGGAGAGGUUGAGGAACCUCUGCCUAAACUCAAGAAAAGAGAUUUCACGUUAGUGGAGCUACAACCGUACGAUGGUCUGCAAAAUCCAAGAAUUCUUAUGGCUGUCAAUUCAAAGGUGUUCGACGUUACUAGAGGAAAGAAAUUCUACGGGCCAGGUAAAAUUAGUUGUAGGCUAUUUGUGUUCAUGUGGAGCAACGACUUAGCUAUUUCCGCUCAAAAGAAUGGUUGGCGCAACUGUCUGUAGCCAACUGGCUUGCUGGUUAGUCAGUUUUAUUCUUACACUUGUUACUUUGUGUCUAUUGAAUUAUGUGUAUUUUUUGUAUUUCGAAGUUGUUGCAUUGGAACUACGACCAUAUAAACGCCACACCCCCUUCUUCUUCAUGAAUCACCCGCAAUCGAAUUUCACAACACGCGAUCUGGCGUGUUCAGCCGAGUUGGCAAUGUCAUGUAACCUCUCACCAAGUUGAUUGAUCCUACACUGUCACGCAACCACCGAAGAACACGAACGCCCUCCCUUAAAAUAUGUAGAAAUUGCAUAUAUUCUCAGUCUGUGUUAUGAAGUGUGUGAUUCAGUUGCCUUCAUGCCAUUUCAAAAUAAAUAGUUUGACACAGGUGAAUGCCUUGCACAAAGGUUGAAUGUUCAAUUCAGCAAGACCACAUGGUUGCACAAAGGCUUGUUGAGGCCUAUUGGAAAGCAAUACUAACUCUCAUUUCAAGGAUUCAGUCUGUCCCUUCUGUCAGUCUCAACAUCUAGAAAAUAGGACUUGUUGUUGUGGGGCUUAUCUUUGAAGCCGUCAUAGAAUACAGUAAGCUACUGUAUGUAUGUUGGAGAGCAUGUGGAAUUUAAUUUGCAGAUAAAUAAAACUGCAUAUUUUUAUAAAAUAGUAGUCAUCACCCUGACAGUUUGUUAUAACCUGUGUCUAUUCACAAUCACAUUUUUAGUUUAUAAAAUAUUUGGCUGAAUAUCAAAUCGAUCUCUGUGUCUGUGUGUGAUGUUUUCCAGAGGGUCCCUAUGGAGUGUUUGCUGGUAAAGAUGCCUCCAGGGGCCUGGCCACCUUCUGUCUGGAGAAGGAGGCCCUGAAAGACACCCAUGAUGACCUCUCGGACCUCAACGCCAUGCAACAGGAAAGCCUCAAUGAAUGGGAGACCCAGUUCACUCGUGAGUUGAUGCAGGAGUUGGUAGUUGCUACAAAACACAAUUGUCUACAUUCGGAUACUUUCUUUUCAACUUCUACCUAAAGGGAAAUGGACCGCUUGCAGUGAACAUCACACGCACCCACUAUCCACUCAACAGUGCAAGUUGUUGAUGCACCAAACAGCUUUGAUGACUCUUAGAACUAUUGAUGUUUAAAAUGUAUGUCUAUUAUGUGCCUCAGGGCAUAACUAGUCUUGUGGUGGUCCAGUCUUUUUGUGCUUUAGUCAACUACUCUGUGUUCCUCUGUUGUAUGACUUGGCAAUGAUAGAAGAGUUGGCUACAUCACAUACAAUGAUAUGGUACCAUGCCAGGGGAUAACGUAAUACAACUUUGCAUCUAAAUUAAUCUGUUUGAUACACUUUCAUCUACAUUACAUUGAGUAGUGCUGUAAAUUUAAACCCACACAUGGAAGUCUUUCUUGGCCAAGUCUGUUCUCCACCCAGUAAUUACCAUGUCCUUGAGUUUAUCUCCGAUGUUGUCUGGUGAAGGUCCCUGAGGGCCUCAGUAAUUUUCUUCUUCUUGCCUUUCACAGAAAAGUAUGACUAUGUCGGCAAACUUCUGAAACCUGGAGAAGAACCCACAGAGUACACGGAUGACGAGGAGGUGAAGGACAAAAAGAUGGACUAG